AAGAGGCUUAAAAUGGAGGCAAAGAUUUGAUCGGCUGUUCCCGCCAUUAUCAAGGAAGGUCUGUGUAAAAGUUUGCUUUCUAAAUAAACGUUCAACCUGUACAAAGUUUGUGGCUACCAAAUGUACAUUGGGAUACAUUUGCAUCCUAAACUUUUGCUUGUCCUUGGAUUAGUUUAAGGACCUUAAGUCUUAGAAGUCGUUUUAGGCCCAUUCUUCACCGAGAUUCCAAAAAGGCAAAGUUGCAUCAUCUUAACAAAGUGACUAGGUUAUUCAAAACAUGGAGGUAGACAGCGGAAUUCUAGAAAUUGGCGUCGAUUUUAAUGAGUUUGAAGACAAUGAAAAGGGGACAAAAGAUGAGAACUUUCCGGAAGAAAACAUGGAUGUUGAAGUUGAUGUAAACUGCCCGUGCCCGCUUUCGCAAGAAUCGUCCAGCAAUCAGCCAGACCUAAGACAAAAAAUAAUCAAAAAUAAAGAAGGAACAAAAUACCAGUCAACGAAAAUAGAAAAUGAUGUCGGUUUGCUCGAAAGAGCAGAAGAAGCAACAACCCUGCAGAUGAAACAGCAUCGUGAUGAUAAUGGUUUUAAAGAGCAUAGCAAGAAGCGAGAUUCAAGAUAUUCUCAGAAAACCCUGUUUAAAGAACUUCAUGCUUCUUCUGAUCUUGAUACUGGUAUUCUUGGUCGUGAAAUUGCACACAGGUUAGGAGAGGCUAAAGUUGGACUUAUCAUAAACGUAGUUCGAGUGCUUGGUUUCAAAUCUGCGAUGAAAAUCUUAGAAGAAACAAGAAGAAUCGAGAGAAGGGGCGGUAUGUUAACAACAGACCGUAGUAGAAGGCGCACACCCGGUGGAGUUUACAUUUACUGCCUAAAAGAGAAGGGGUACGCAUCAAAGGAGGAGGUAGAACUCAUUUUCAAAGAGGAGAAGGAGCGUUUAAAAGAAAUUGCUAAACGGAAGAAAAAGGAUCAGAAUCUAAGAAAGAGAAAGGAACUUCAAAAAAUGGAUAGGCUCAAGAAGAGGGUUAUAGAAUUUGUAAAUAAAAAGAUUGCAGGUGAAGAUGAAAAGAUAAAUGAAGAAUCAAUUACUGAGAAAAACGAGAAAUCUAUGGAAGUGAUAAGCAAGACGAGCAUGGAGGGAAUCGGUGAAGAGAAUACGAAUAACAAUUUGAAAGGUCCAGAGAAUCUUUGAUUUGUUAUAUUCUGAGGUCCAUAACUUCUAAAGGAUGGAACAAGUCUAAAAGCUUUCUUUUGGCUGAAUUUGGUUGUUGUAAUUCUCAAACUGGCAUUGGUCUUUUUGAAUUUGAAAUGGCUUAGCAAAAGCUAAGUGAAAGUUGCGUAAAUUUGACUUCAUAUAGAUGGAUAAUUGUUAGCAAGGCUAGCAGAUGAAUAACUGAAGGACAGUGGAUUCUGAAAUUGAUUCCAUAAUAAACAUACAAGAGCUGUUUUGAACAUCUCAUUUCAGGUUGGUUAUCAGCAAUCCUUUUUGUAUUGUCAAUUCAGUAUAUGAUAAGUGAAGAUGAAGAAUUGUUUUCAAUGGAUCUGGCAUUUCUGAACUUAAAUCUUAUUUUACAUAAGAUAGGAGCAAACUCCAUUCAUUAGUACGCGGAAGGUCUCUACAUAACAGGGUAAUCACAUCUCUAUGAAUUUUAAUUGACUGAACUAUAAUUUCUUUAGUACUAUAAAGAUCUUAUAUUGACCCGGAUUAAUAACGUACUUGGGUAUUUUCACACUUGAAAAAUAUUUACUAUUUUUUUCUAAUAAAACAUUGAAGUUACUUUAUCUACAUUUUGGAUGCACCCAACUGCGCGCGUGAGAGGACUGGCAAAGAGAGUGGCGUGACGUGAAGCCAAAACGCGUUGUUGAUUAUCGCCAUUGCUGGCUUGGUCCUGACUGUAAGUGGUAUACUGUCCGAAAAAGAUGUUGUUUUCUGUUUUUCUUAUUUGCAAGAUUUCAGCGAUGGUAUAUGACGUCACUGUAUUAUGUUUAUCGAUGGCAAAGUUGAAUCCUGUUGCUGGGAUCUAUAAACAGAAACCUAACAAAAAUGUUGUGUUUGAAAUAACGAGAAAAACAGUCUUAAUCAAACAUAUCAGAUAUAAAUCCAAGAUCAUCGUAAGCCUCCAAAGUUGUGUUGAUAUUUGUCAACGACCAAUAAAGUUGUUUAAGAAAGAAUUGCAAAGACUAGCACUACAAUCUCUUUGCACAACAUAAAAUAAUAAAGCGUAACAGAAAAAGUCUUAUACCCUGUAUUUUGACCUUUUCCCGUGCCAACGCUAGACAUGUCUGCUUCGUAAAACAGGCUCGAGGUUCUUGAGAAUGUAUUUCUUCAUUUUGAACAAUCAGCGAGGCAUAAAUUUUGUCUACCUCAGUUUCAAACAGAUUCACAAUUGAAUGCCUUCCAUUCAUCUGGUACUGCCUCGUGUAUAUUUUAUAAACCAAUAUAUUUUUUUGUAUAUGUAUACAUAUAGUCACCAAUGUUUAUAUGCGUGUUUUUUCUAUGAAUUUAUUGACAGACUCUUGUUUUACAGAGCUGUAUUUUUUAUAUAAAGUAAAAAGCACAAGUUUCCAGGAUAUUACCUAAGAAUCAAACUCUUGCGUCUGUUUGUGGAAAUAAGAGUCAUUCUCCAGGAUGUUCGUUUAUAUUUUUCUCUAAAAUGGUAUCAAAAUUUCUAUCUAUUUUGAACAGUAGCACUCUAGCUGCAAGCCCUGUCAGGAAUUAUCUCAUACUUUCACUAACUAUUAAUCCUGCCAGGAAUUAUCUGAUACUUUCGCUAACUAUUAAUCCAAAAAGAAUUUUUCUUCCUGGAUGGGCCUAGACAGGUUUUAUCCCAUAGACAUACAUUGUUCAAUUGUCCCUGCAUUACAGCGAUUCCCCUUGGUUUUACAUUUUAAAAGAAACAACAUCUUUUUCAAGCUGAAUGCAAAGAAUUAAGCAUUUGAACCAGCAAAAUGAGAUUGUUAUCUCGGGGUAGUUGUAUUUUGCACUUACUCAAAAGGCCGUGCGUCAUGGUUGCAUUCAUUACAAAUAGUUCCUAAUUUAAUCUCAAAGAGGCUUUUAACCAUAGAGAUAGGAUAAUUAAUUAUUGACAGAAGCUUUAUUUAUUAUUGACUCUAUGCUUUUGACAGAAGCCCGUUUCAAAACUCUGUAGUAAGCCAUGUGUUCGAAUUAAUUUGCAUAAAAAUUCAACCCGUGGCGUUAUGCUUCGAAAGCAAACUGGUAACGUGUAAACGGGGUGUGUACUGUAAAUUACGUAAAUUUUCUGUUCGUCUACCUUUUGCAUAUAAUACGUGAACAAAUAAAUUUUUAGAUAUUUUACUUUCGGCAUAUUUAUUCGUUAUGUUUAAACACUUGCAAAUCAAACGUUAUCAUUAGGAGCAAUGUAUUUCGAAAUAUUCUAUUUUAUUAUUCCUUGUUUUUCAUUUACUCCAAAUACCUUUAGGGAGUGAAAAGUAUAGGCUUCCUAUUAUAUUGAUAAACAUUUUCAAUCUCGAAAAAGAAGGCCUAGAAUUUUCCGAACCGUUAUCUGGAUUUUAUGAAUAAAAAAGGGUGAAGUGGGAUUGCAUAAGGUGCUUUAUCUUGAAUACCACGAUUCUUAUGGGCAAACGAGAAAGAGUCAGAAAGUGUAAUAUGUUUUGAAACUCUAUGGAGUUAUAACUUUUUCUUAGACUAACUUUAUUAAAUCAUAUAAUGCCAAAAAGUUUUAUGGGCCAUAUAAUGAGAAGAAUGGUUUGGAAAAGCUAGUGAUUGAAGGGAAAAUCGAAGGGAAACGGCAAAGAGGAAGGCAGAGGCUGACUUUCCUGGAGGACCUAGCGUUGGCUGCUGGGUGCAAAGUGCUGAGAAUGUUGCGAUGUGUUGGUUGAGAUCGGGCUGGUUUCAGACGCUUGAUAGCCAACGACAGGUCCUGACAUGGCACCCAGAGAAGAAGAAGAAAUGGAACCCAAAGAAGAAGAAUGCCAAAGAAACUGGUAUGUUGCUUUUCUUUUCUAGAUCAAAUUCAAAUUCGACUUCCGAUUUUUUUUACUUUUGUCCCAAAGCUUUU